GGAAAUCGUAGCUCCAGUAGACUUUGAUCUGGUACCUUCAACUCCCAGGGAACUAAACCAUAACCAUGAAUUGUCUUCUGCUUGUGACGUGUUUUUCCGCCAUUUUUGUCGCCUCUCUGGCGCUGGUCUCCAACUGGAACCAAGAGAUGCGUGACUACGUCCUUGAACUUCACAACGACAAGAGGAGGAAGGAGGGAGGUUGCCAGAUCAACAAGCUCAUCUACGACAUGGACCUGGAAAAUCAGGCGAGACGAUGGGCCGAGGGCUGCGUCUACAAGCACGAGUCUCUGCCUGGGAGGGGAGAGAACUUGGCCUGGAACUCAAUGGAGCAGCCUGAGAAGGAAUUGAUCCUGGGCGGGUUCACUGCCUGGUUUGACGAGAAGAAUUUGUACAGUUACGGCCAGGACUCGUGUUCUAUGUCCUGUCAUUACACACAGCUGGUGUGGGACAAGACCCAGAAGGUCGGCUGCUGGUCAACCAGAUGUCCCAACCUGAGAAACGCCUACCAAAACGCCUGGUGGUUGGUUUGCUUCUACACCCCCAUGGGCAACUGGAACAGGCAAAGACCUUACCAGAAGUCCUGCAAGUCUCCCUGCAGGAAAGGUCAGACCGAAGAGAACGGUCUCUGUCUGGGUGACAUGCCCGACGAGAGCGAGGAGAGAGAGUGCAAGGACGAGAACCCAAGAUGCCAGGAGUGGGCCAACAGGAACCAGUGUGUCUCCAACCCUGCCUACAUGAAAGAAAAAUGUCGUCUUGCCUGCAAGGUUUGCAAGCCGUAACCUGCCAGAUUUGUACAACCCUAACAGCCUAAAUUAGGCUUAGAACAACUUAUUACAAACCAAUCAGUCCGAACGAAACACGACACACGACGCAUGCUCAAACUACAAAUUUUAUUUUCGUACAACAACCAGAUAAUGAUAAAAAUUCUAUAUUUUAAAUUAAAAAGAGAAGUGUACAUACUUAUAUUUUUUCACGAGUUUUGUCAAUCAAAUUGACUUAUAUUUUAUCUAAAGAAAAGUUUUACAGAAGUGAAAAUGUACGCAUGAAGGCAAUCUAACUCUAAACAUCGUGUACAUGUAUUUGCGAGAACGUGUAUAUAUUUUUUAAACAGAUGCAACUUGUAACAACAGAACAGCAGGAAAAUAUUUGUCGAUUUGAUUGUAUAACAUGAGAGAUGUGCAAUAUUUUUUCAAAAGGUUCUCUUAGAAUAAAAACAUUGUGAAAUGA